AUGGCCUCGGCUCCCGCCACAUUCUACGAGCAGUUACCGCUCCCCACGCUCGAUCGCCCUUUCGGCGUCCAUCUAUGGCCCAUCUUUGAUAAGCUCUUCACGGCCGUCACUGGCUUCUCAGCCAAUGACUUCGAGUUUGUGCCUUUCGAGACUCCCAUGUCUACGCUCAAGUCGACCUCCAUCUUCAUUGUCAUCUACUACCUGAUCAUCUUUGGCGGUCGAGAGCUGAUGCGCAACCGCGAGCCCUUCAAGCUCAAGGCUCUCUUCCUCAUCCACAACUUCUACUUGACCGCCAUCAGCGCCUUUCUCUUGGCUCUCUUCAUUGAGCAGAUCCUGCCUACUGUUGUCCGCAAGGGCAUCUUCUUCGCCAUCUGCGACCAUGCCGGUGGUUGGACUCAGCCCAUGGUCGUUCUCUACUACCUCAACUACCUCACCAAGUACCUUGAGCUGCUCGACACCGUCUUCCUUUUCCUCAAGAAGAAGCCAUUGACCUUCCUCCACUGCUACCACCACGGUGCCACCGCUCUUCUCUGCUACACUCAGCUGAUUGGCCUGACUUCCGUCUCCUGGGUCCCCAUUGUCCUCAACCUGACUGUGCACGUUGUCAUGUACUGGUACUACUUCCAGAGCGCACGUGGCAUCCGAAUCUGGUGGAAGGAGUGGGUUACUCGUCUCCAGAUCAUCCAGUUCGUCAUCGACCUUGGCUUCGUCUACUUCGCCUCCUACACCUACUUCACCUCAACCUACUUCGACUGGAUGCCCAACGCUGGCAAGUGUGCCGGUGAGGAGUUUGCUGCCUUUGCCGGUAUUGGUAUCCUCAGCUCAUACCUGGUCCUCUUCAUCUCCUUCUACUUCGCCACCUACAAGAAGGACGGCAAGGCUCCCACUACUCGCAAGUCCCUUCGCCGCAUGAGCCAGGCUCCUCUGCCCGACCCCGUCCACAUGGCCGCUACCAUGAGCGGCGCCAAGUCCAACGGAACCACCACUGGUGCUAAGACCAACGGUGCCACCGCCAGAUCCCGCAAGGCUUAAGCUGCCCACGCGUGGUGCCAUGGAGAUGUCUAACUGACAUAUCCAUGGCUGAAAAGCUCUGACGCCUACUUGGUGAUGAGCAUUCUUUUUUAUACAUAUUAUGAAUCAAAAGGGCCUGAUAUUACGAGGCCAAUUACAAUUUUUAAUCUCUGUUUUUGGACAUGAGGCCAUUUGUUCCGGCAAAUGAACCAAUAUGAAUCGCUCGCUCUGCGAUGAUGACAUGUCUCUUUGCGAUUAUGAUGACAGGAGGCUGACGACGGCUAUAUGGGCUAAUAUUGGGGGGAACGGAGGAAAAUGUUCUGGUAGGCGCAGGGCAAGGCGGGCAGUUAUUGUUAUGAGACAACGUCCCGGGUAUACGGAGCUGCAUCGUACAUUUUGUACGGCAGUGUCACCGGCCAGGGAAAUCAUGCCAACCUGGCCUUGUUUGUUAAUCAUAUUCUGUCUUCUGCUGUACUAUACUUGCUUGUAUGUAUACUUGAUCACCUGGCAUGCUCGAUAGAUGGGCGGUACGGGAGAGUACAGGUUUUGCUGCAGUUUCGGUGUCUGAAUAUUAUGUACGGUGUUGGAUCC